CCAACCCCAGCCCCAGCCCCGGCCGGGCCGGUGUGCGGGCCCGUGCUGCCCCCUCAGUCGGAGACGCCCCCGGCCGCCCGCCCGCCACCAUGGAGCUGGAGGACGGUGUGGUGUACCAGGAGGAGCCCGGCGGCUCCGGGGCCGUGAUGUCGGAGCGGGUGUCUGGCCUGGCCGGAUCCAUCUACCGCGAGUUCGAACGACUGAUCGGGCGCUACGACGAGGAGGUGGUCAAGGAGCUGAUGCCACUGGUGGUGGCCGUGCUGGAGAACCUGGACUCGGUGUUCGCACAGGACCAGGAGCACCAGGUGGAGCUGGAGCUUCUGCGGGACGAUAACGAGCAGCUCAUCACCCAGUACGAGCGGGAGAAGGCGCUGCGCAAGCACGCCGAGGAGAAAUUCAUUGAAUUUGAAGACUCUCAAGAACAGGAAAAAAAGGAUUUACAGACCCGAGUGGAAUCUUUAGAAUCUCAAACAAGACAACUUGAACUGAAAGCAAAAAACUAUGCUGACCAGAUUAGCAGACUUGAAGAAAGAGAAGCAGAACUGAAGAAAGAAUAUAAUGCAUUACAUCAAAGACACACUGAGAUGAUCCAUAAUUAUAUGGAACACUUAGAAAGGACAAAACUUCAUCAGCUCUCAGGGAGUGAUCAACUAGAGUCUACCGCACAUAGUAGAAUUAGAAAAGAACGCCCUAUAUCAUUAGGGAUUUUCCCAUUACCUGUUGGAGAUGGAUUGCUUACUCCUGACACAAAGAAGGGUGGAGAGACCCCUGGAUCAGAGCAAUGGAAAUUUCAGGAGUUAAGUCAACCACGGUCUCAUACCAGCCUGAAGGAUGAACUUUCUGAUGUUAGCCAAGGAGGAUCUAAAGCUACCACCCCAGCAUCAACAGCUGCUUCAGAUGUGGCAGCACUUCCUACUGAUACUCCCUUAAAGGAAGACACUGAAGGAUUUGUGAAGGCUGCAGAUACACCAAAUAAGUCAGAGAUAAGCAAGCAUAUUGAAGUACAGGUAGCCCAGGAAACUAGAAAUGUAUCAACAGGCUCUGCAGAAAAUGAAGAGAAGUCAGAAGUUCAAGCAAUCAUUGAAUCCACUCCUGAGCUGGACAUGGACAAAGAUCUCAGUGGAUAUAAAGGCUCAAGCACUCCCACCAAAGGCAUAGAGAACAAAGCUUUUGAUCGCAACACAGAAUCCCUGUUUGAAGAACUGUCUUCAGCUGGCACAGGCCUAAUUGGAGAUGUGGAUGAAGGAGCAGACUUACUAGGAGAAUAUUCUGACCAUAAUUUCUUUGGUAUGGGUCGUGAAGUUGAGAAUCUUAUAUUAGAAAAUACACAACUGUUGGAAACCAAAAAUGCUUUGAAUGUAGUGAAGAAUGAUUUGAUAGCAAAAGUGGAUGAACUGACCUGUGAGAAAGAUGUGCUGCAAGGGGAGCUGGAGGCGGUGAAGCAAGCCAAACUGAAGUUAGAGGAAAAGAACAAAGAACUGGAGGAGGAGCUGAGGAAAGCUCGUGCAGAAGCUGAAGAUGCAAGGCAAAAAGCAAAAGAUGAUGAUGAUAGUGACAUUCCCACAGCGCAGAGGAAGCGGUUUACUAGAGUAGAAAUGGCCCGCGUUCUAAUGGAGAGAAACCAGUACAAAGAGAGGCUGAUGGAGCUUCAGGAAGCUGUUCGAUGGACAGAGAUGAUUCGAGCAUCAAGGGAAAAUCCAGCCAUGCAGGAAAAAAAAAGGUCAAGCAUCUGGCAGUUUGUGCCAGCUCGUUUUAGCCGACUUUUCAGCUCCUCAAGUAACACUACUAAGAAACCUGAACCACCUGUUAAUCUGAAGUAUAAUGCACCCACCUCUCAUGUUACUCCUUCGGUCAAGAAAAGAAGCAGCACCUUAUCUCAGCUCCCCGGGGAUAAGUCCAAAGCCUUUGACUUCCUUAGCGAAGAAACUGAAGCUAGUUUAGCGUCACGCAGAGAACAGAAGAGAGAACAGUAUCGUCAGGUAAAGGCACAUGUUCAGAAGGAAGACGGUAGAGUGCAGGCUUUUGGCUGGAGCCUGCCUCAAAAGUACAAACAGGUCACCAAUGGUCAAGGGGAAAAUAAAAUGAAAAAUUUACCUGUGCCUGUCUAUCUCAGACCUCUAGAUGAAAAAGAUACAUCAAUGAAGCUGUGGUGUGCUGUCGGAGUCAAUUUAUCUGGUGGGAAGACCAGAGACGGCGGUUCUGUUGUAGGAGCAAGCGUGUUUUACAAGGAUGUUGCUGGUUUGGAUACAGAAGGCAGUAAACAGCGGAGUGCGUCUCAGAGUAGCCUAGACAAGCUCGAUCAGGAGCUGAAGGAGCAGCAGAAGGAGUUAAAAAAUCAAGAAGAAUUGUCAAGUCUAGUCUGGAUCUGCACGAGCACUCACUCCGCUACAAAAGUUAUCAUCAUCGAUGCUGUCCAGCCAGGCAACAUCCUAGACAGUUUCACUGUCUGCAACUCGCAUGUUCUAUGUAUCGCGAGUGUACCAGGAGCACGAGAAACAGACUACCCCGCAGGAGAAGAGCUUUCAGAAUCUGGACAAGUAGACAAAGCAUCUCUCUGUGGAAGCAUGACAAGCAAUAGCUCCACAGAGACAGACAGCCUGUUGGGAGGCAUCACAGUGGUUGGUUGUUCCACGGAAGGUGUGACAGCGGCUGCCACUUCCCCUAGUACCAACGGUGCUUCUCCAGUGACGGAAAAACCACCAGAAAAGGAAGCGGAAAGUAGUGAGAUUGAUGAAAAUGUUCCAACAGCAGAAGAAGCAACGGAAGCCACAGAAGGCAAUGCGGGGGGGUCAGCUGAAGACAGCGUGGACACCUCCCAAAGCGGCGUGUACACAGAGCACGUCUUCACAGAUCCUUUGGGAGUUCAGAUCCCAGAAGACCUCUCACCAGUGUAUCAGUCAAGUAAUGACUCAGACGCGUAUAAAGACCAGAUAUCAGCGUUGCCGAACGAACAAGACCUGGUGAGAGAAGAAGCCCAGAAAAUGAGUAGCCUUCUACCCACUAUGUGGCUUGGGGCCCAGAAUGGCUGUUUGUAUGUCCACUCAUCUGUGGCCCAGUGGAGGAAAUGUCUCCAUUCUAUUAAACUUAAAGAUUCGAUUCUCAGUAUUGUACACGUGAAAGGAAUUGUGUUAGUGGCCCUGGCUGAUGGCACCCUCGCCAUCUUUCACAGAGGAGUUGAUGGGCAGUGGGAUUUGUCAAACUAUCACCUGCUUGACCUUGGACGGCCUCACCACUCCAUUCGAUGCAUGACCGUGGUGCAUGACAAAGUCUGGUGUGGUUACCGGAACAAAAUCUAUGUGGUUCAGCCGAAGGCCAUGAAAAUAGAGAAAUCAUUUGAUGCACAUCCCAGGAAGGAGAGCCAGGUGCGGCAGCUCGCAUGGGUGGGUGACGGCGUGUGGGUCUCCAUCCGUCUGGAUUCCACACUCCGUCUCUAUCAUGCACACACUUAUCAACACCUGCAGGAUGUGGACAUUGAGCCUUAUGUAAGCAAAAUGUUAGGUACUGGAAAACUGGGCUUCUCUUUUGUGAGGAUCACAGCCCUCAUGGUGUCUUGCAAUCGUUUGUGGGUGGGGACAGGAAAUGGUGUCAUUAUCUCCAUCCCACUGACAGAAACUGUAAUCCUCCACCAGGGACGUUUACUGGGGCUGAGGGCAAAUAAAACCUCAGGAGCACCAGGAAAUCGUCCUGGAAGUGUGAUUCGUGUAUAUGGUGAUGAAAACAGUGAUAAAGUGACUCCAGGGACAUUUAUACCCUAUUGUUCAAUGGCACAUGCACAGCUUUGCUUCCACGGGCAUCGGGAUGCUGUGAAAUUCUUUGUGGCAGUCCCAGGUCAAGUUGUCAGCCCACAAAGUGGCCCUAGUGGCACAGAUCUGACAGGUGACAAAGCAGGGCCAUCUGCACAGGAGCCUGGCAGCCAGACGCCCUUGAAGUCUAUGCUUGUCAUCAGUGGAGGCGAGGGCUACAUCGACUUCCGAAUGGGUGACGAAGGCGGAGAAUCAGAACUUCUGGGAGAGGAUCUUCCGCUUGAACCUUCUGUUGCCAGAGCGGAAAGGAGUCACUUGAUAGUGUGGCAAGUGAUGUAUGGCAGUGAGUGAGCCCGUGGACCCAGGCGGAGCCGGGAAGCCGCCUCUUCUGCAUGGUUUCUUCCCCUUGUCCUCUUCAUUUAAUGCUCUCCUUGUGAAACGAGUUUCACCACACAACAUGAGCAUUUUUUCCCUGUUAACUGUACAGAAUCUGUCUUACUGUAACAAUACCAGGACUAGCUGUUUUACUGCACCAGUGUUAUUGGCAAUUUCAGUAUAUUAUGAACAAAUCAAAGAAUGUUUACUGUCUGCAAACUGGUGACUUACAAAAAGCAAUCCGGAUGUGGUUUAUUCUGCCACAACUAAUGUCACUCACUUCAUUUGAUGGGGUCACUUUUUAGCUAUCACUAAUAACGGAAUUAAUGGAAAUACUUGGUAAAUGAAACUGUACCAUUAAGUACAAUAGUCAAGUUCCCCUCAAUGUACUAUAAAAUUGACACAAACUAACAUUGGGUGGAUUAUCGGGAUUUAUCUAAGUGUCCCGAGAGGGCUAAACGCUAACUGUAAAUUGCUUUAACUUUCACUUUCAAACCUGACAAAUCUUGUUAAUAUGGUAUAUAAAAACUUUGUUUUCAUCAGAUUUGGGGGGUUUUAUAUUAAAGAAAUGAAGACUACACUAUUUAAAUAAAUGUUUCCUAUUUCUGACUUAAUAGAGCUCUAAAGUUUAUGAGGCCUGCUUCUCUGAAUAUUCUGAUUUUUUUUGAGACUAGUUAGUUUCACUCAUUUUCAUACUAACACGUCCGAAAGGUUUAUACUUACAAGGCUUAGAAGACAGGCGUCAGCAGUGGGAGGAUUUUUAAAAGAAAUUGUGUUUUGGAUUUGUUGUACCAGCACAUCGUAGUGGUUGGAUGCGUUUUUUCAUGUAAAAAAAUUUACCUGUUUACUAAUUGUUCUUGGGCUGCCGUUACCAGUUCAUAGGAGUGAAGCUGUAGUGGUGGGGGGGCGCGGCCAGUGGAGGGAACGCGGGACUCGGUUACAGACGGUGUUUCCUCUUGUUCUGUGUACAGCUGCAGGACAGCCUGCACUUGGUUCUUUGUAUGUAAAUGACACACUUGAGCUUUUGCGCCCCUGCAAGAUUAACAUGCCGUCUUUGAAGAGGAGAACUGUGAAGGGUAAGACGACAAAGCCGAGACUCCGUGGAGUAACAGUCCCUGCGACAUCCCUUCCCUCCCGGUGCCCGUUCAGAGCUGCAGCCUGGGUCUGACACUUCCUUGUGCAGUGAGUUCUUAAGGAACCGUCAUGCUGCCGUUUUUUCCCUCUCACGCUUCUUGAAAAUGUGUGAUUUACCAUGUUUUUUUCAUUACUUUAAGCAAAGCUAAAUACAAAUUUAAGUGCUAUUUUAAAAAUGUAAACCCAUUGGAUAAGACCCCUCAUCAGAAGGACUAUUUGAAAGAGAAGAAAGCAGGCCCGGGGCUCGCCUGUCCAGGCGUUCUGAAGUUCCAGGGACUCUUCCCUGGACUGCCGUGAGGGUGUUUGUGGAAGUGCACCCGUGUCUUCUAAGCAUAUACGUGAUUCUGCUAGAUUAUGAAACACAUGAGAUUUAAAGAGCCGGAGGAGGCCUUCAGAUCCACUGGGCACGUGUGUCUGCAAGCACGUCGUGUGCGCAGUAAAACUGCGGCCAGGUCAGAGGCUAGAAGAAACAGCUGCGUGGUGAAAGUGGCGUUGAAAGGGUGAUUUUUUUGCUUGAGGUGCGUACUUUUCUUCAGGCAGAGCACCAAAACUUAGGCCACUUUUCCAUCCCAUUCAGGCUGUGUUUGUAUUUCAGCUUCAGCCUGUUAUUUUGGCAGUACCUUUAAAAACCCACAUCCUUGAGCAUGUUUGGGGAACGUUGUAGAAAUUCACGAAGAAGAGAGAGCGAAGUGUUGGGGAACGUGGACCCUAGAGCCACACCCCACUUGCUGUUGAGUCUUUUACAGUUUGUGUGACCGAAUGUAAGUUAGGAAAUCAGGAUUUAAAGAUGAGAAAUGCAAACAAACAUGUUACAAUGAUUAUAAUUGUUCUUUUAAAUUUAGUGGCUUCAAUUUAAGGCAUAUGAGUGUGUAGAUAUUUUAUCUAUAAAACUGUCAGAUUAUCUGGCCCUGUUAAUUAACUCCAGGGUCUAGAGAGAGUACAAAAAUGCCUGUACAGUGUGUUUUAAGGGCUUGUCCUCAUGUUUGUCAUUUCAGUUAAAUAUUUUCUACGGAUUGCUUUAUUUCCCCCUUCCCCCCAAUAAUAGGUUUAUAUUCCUGCAACGUUCCCUUUGUUCAAGGUGGUAACCCGCGGAAUAAAAUGCCAAAAUGUAAGCGUCUUGCAAGCAGAACAGUGGUUGUGUAACCUGCCUGGAGCUUGCACGUCAAGGGCAGAAAAGAAGGGAAGUGCACUCUGUGGAAGAAACGAGGGCCGCCCGAGGGUUCUCCUUCAGUUACGCACGGUCCGGUCUGCGGUUGGGCCGCGGGAAUGCCCGCGGUCGACCCCCACCGAACUGCAGGGCCACGCACAGCGGCCUGACAGGUUAAGUGCAAGUCAGACUGCCUGUGAGGCAAAGGGAGGAUGUUCUCUAGAAACCCAGUUUUGAGUGUUUUUCUCUAAUUCUUGUAGAUCCAAAUUUUUUAAGUAGAAAUUAAUACCUUAAUAGCUGCAGCUUAUUGAGAGUAUAAAAGGUUUUGAGCACAAAAUAUGCAGCACAUAACUUUUCCAAAUUGUGUGUGUGCAUAGAAAAGGUUAAAAUACAUUCAGUUGUUGUUGCGUUCAUUUCUUGUAAAGAUCUUCCUAUAUUAGAGAAUAGACCCUUUAACAAUGGCUGCCUUAGAAACAAAACAAAGCAAAACAAUUGUCUUAUAAUAUUAACUGUCCUAAAGAACGUGUGUCUUGCAAAUGCUGUGGAACUGAAUAUUUAUUUCCUUGUGAGUAUUAUGACCGUUACCAAAGGACUCAGCCAGGUUUAGGGCUCUUCCGAGUCGAUCAUGUUGAGAGAGGGACUCAUUGGUCCCAGUUUGUAACAUGGGAAGAGUAGAGAGAAUUAAAGGUGGAAAUCGUAAAUGCUUUUCUAACAGGGUUAUGCUAUUUUUUUUAAAUCCUCUCACCCAAGGACAUUUUUUUAUUGCUUUUAGAGAGAGAGGAACAGAGAGAGAGAAACAUCGAUGUGAGAGAGAAGCAUCGAUUGGUUGCCUCCCAUGUACGCCCAGGCCAGGGGUCAAAACCGAAACCUCUCGGUUAUGGGAUGAUGCUCCAGCCAACUGAGCCACACAGGCCAGGGUCAGGGCUAUGCUGUUUUAGAACACAAAACGUAUUUUUAUUUCUUUCUCUUUAAAAAAUUAAGUUUUUAUUAUUGUCGUACAUUUCUCAAUAUUUGACUAUAUUUUAACCAUUUUAUGUUCUGAAUUUGGUUUUUUGUCAUAGAUAUUUUAUCCAGAAUUUUACUUGCCUCUAUAAUCUGAAAAAUGGGUUCGAGUGUCCUACUUGCUGUCCUUUAGAGGCUGAGGCUUCAUUUCUCUGAGCGGAAGGCUCGUCUAGCGAUGUAGUUAUUUCAGUAUUUAUUUCUAUUAUGGAAUCCCUGGGGUUCGGAAUGUAACUUUGUACAUGAAAUAUAUAUAAAUAUGUAUAUGAAACAUG